ACCCUGCAAAUUAUGUCCAAACACACGUUUAUGCCUCUUUCCAUAUGUUUGUUCUUUUCUUGUUAUUUUAAUGCAAUAAAAUAAACAUUAAAUAAUGUUGAGAUUUAGAUAUAAACCAAGUUUCAAGGACUUUCCACUUCCACUCUCUUGUAGUUGUAAAACUUGGAAAACAGACUUCUUCCUUUUUCAACUAUUAGGCCAAGACUUGGUUCUUAAACUUGCUUCUACAAUCCCGUAGUUGUUGUAAUCAUUACUUUCAUUUUUUUAUGGAUAGAUUUUGAAGUUUGGAGGUAAGUAAUUAGUUCUAGUUUGGUUUUUGAUAUAAAGAUUUUCCCUUCUAGUGGAGAAUAUAGGGAGCUUGAUCCUUAUUAGGAAGAUCAGAUCUUUAUGUAUCAGAUUGGUCCAUCUAUUGGUUUUAGAUAUUAAUGUUCAAAACUUUUGAUUGUAUUUUGAAGAAGAAAUUUAAGUGUGAGAGUAGAUGGGGAAUACUUGUGUAGGACCAAGCAUUUCCAAGAAUGGGUUUUUCCAAUCGGUUUCCGCCGCAAUGUGGCGGUCCCGAAUGCCUGAUGACUCAGUUUCAAGUUCUAAUGGGGGAACUGGGAGCGAGGUAGCAGCUAGAGAACCUGAAUCACCAUUGCCAGUUCUAAACAAACCUCCAGAACAAGUGACAAUUCCUAAAUCAGAGACCAAACAAGAGGCCAAACAGGAGACCAAACCAGAGACCAAACCGGAAACUGAACCCGACAAACCGGCCAAACCCAAGUUCCCUCAUAUGAAAAGGGUGUCCAGUGCAGGGCUUAGGACUGAGUCUGUGUUACAAACAAGGACUGGUAAUUUCAAGGAAUAUUUUAGCCUAGGGAGAAAACUAGGACAAGGGCAAUUUGGGACGACUUUCCUUUGUGUGGAGAAGUCAACUGGGAGAGAGUAUGCUUGCAAAUCGAUCGCGAAGAGGAAGUUGUUAACUGAUGAAGAUGUAGAGGAUGUGAGAAGAGAAAUUCAGAUAAUGCACCACUUGGCUGGGCAUCCGAAUGUUAUAUCUAUAAAAGGAGCUUAUGAGGAUGCAGUGGCAGUUCAUGUUGUUAUGGAAUUAUGUGCUGGUGGAGAACUUUUUGAUAGAAUCAUUCAGCGCGGACAUUAUACAGAAAGAAAGGCAGCUGCACUUACAAGGACUAUAGUCGGGGUUGUGGAAGCUUGCCAUUCUUUGGGGGUUAUGCAUAGAGAUCUCAAACCUGAGAAUUUCCUUUUUGUGAAUCAGCAGGAGGAUGCGCUUCUCAAGGCUAUUGAUUUUGGAUUAUCAAUAUUCUUUAAGCCAGGUGAAAGAUUCACUGAUGUGGUUGGGAGCCCAUACUAUGUUGCCCCUGAAGUCUUACGAAAGCAUUAUGGUCCAGAAGCAGAUGUUUGGAGUGCAGGAGUAAUUCUUUACAUUCUCUUAAGUGGAGUUCCUCCCUUUUGGGCUGAAAACGAGCAAGGCAUAUUUGAAGAGGUAUUGCAUGGUGACCUAGAUUUUGAUUCUGAUCCUUGGCCUAGCAUCUCUGAAAGUGCUAAAGAUUUGGUGAGGAAAAUGCUCAUCCGAGACCCUAGGAAACGGUUAACUGCACAUGAAGUUUUGUGCCACCCUUGGAUACAGAUUGAUGGUGUUGCUCCUGACAAGCCUCUUGAUUCUGCUGUUUUAAGUCGUAUGAAGCAAUUUUCUGCAAUGAAUAAGCUCAAGAAAAUAGCUCUUAGAGUAAUUGCAGAGAGCCUAUCUGAAGAAGAAAUAGCUGGCCUGAAAGAAAUGUUCAAGAUGAUAGAUGCUGACAACAGUGGUCAGAUCACAUUCGAAGAACUUGAAGUGGGACUGAAAAGAGUUGGAGCUAAUCUUAAGGAAUCUGAAAUUUAUGAUCUUAUGCAAGCAGCUGAUGUUGAUAAUAGUGGCACAAUUGACUACGGGGAGUUUGUAGCUGCUACGCUUCACCUAAACAAAAUCGAGAAAGAAGAUCAUCUAUUUGCUGCCUUCUCCUACUUUGAUAAGGAUGGUAGUGGUUAUAUUACUCCAGAUGAGCUCCAAAAAGCUUGCGAGGAGUUUGGCAUAGAAGAUGUUCGCCUUGAAGAAAUGAUCCGAGAAGUUGAUCAGGAUAAUGACGGACGCAUUGAUUACAAUGAGUUUGUGGCGAUGAUGCAGGGUGGAAAUGUCGCCGGUGCUGGUAAGAAAGGCCUGCAAAAUAGUUCUAGCAUCAAGUUUAGAGAAGCAUUAAAAUUUUAGUACAGGCAAUUGCACUAGUUCUUGUUCCUUUUUUCUUUUCACCUUUCAAGUUUUUGAGGGAACUGAGGUUUGUAUAGUAAGAAGUUACCUAUUGUUCUUUGCAAAGAACAGCCAUGUCUUUGCAUGGCGCUUUGGCCAUUUUCUUCCACCUUUUUUGCUAUUAAAUUAUGUUCCAUCAUGUUGUAUACUUUAUACAGAACGAAUCUGUGUUUCAAUUUACUACAGACUGUAGUUUUGCUA